AUGGAGGCAGCUUCUGCAAGAAUGGCGGCACGAGACCGUUUCUCCAUGAUGGGUGAUCCUGGACCCUCCCCUCUACAAAGAUAUAUCCAGCAAGCCUGUUCUCCCGAGAAUUACGAGCCAAAUCUGGCUAUGAAUCUCGAAAUUUCCGACCUUAUAAAUUCGAAAAAGGGAAAUGCGCCACGGGAAGCAGCGAUUUCAAUUGUCAAUUAUGUCAAUCAUCGCAACCCAAAUGUUGCAAUAUUGGCCCUUGUCCUGUUGGACAUCUGUGUGAAGAAUUGCGGAUAUCCAUUUCACUUGCAGAUCGGUACAAAGGAGUUCUUAAAUGAAUUAGUUAGAAGGUUUCCGGAACGACCGCCGAUCAGACCGAGUAAAGUCCAGAUGAAGAUUUUGGAAGCUAUCGAAGAGUGGAGGGGGACAAUCUGUCAGACUUCGAGGUACAAGGAGGAUUUAGGUUUUAUAAGAGAUAUGCAUAGGCUAUUGAGUUAUAAGGGAUAUGUGUUCCCAGAGGUCAGGGUGGAGGAUGCCGCGGUACUCAAUCCGAGUGAUAACCUAAAAUCCGCCGAGGAGAUGGAAGAAGAGGAAAAGGCGGCACAAUCUGCAAAGUUACAGGAAUUAAUUCGUCGAGGUGGGCCCGAGGAUUUGCAGGAAGCCAACAAGUUGAUGAAAAUUAUGGCAGGAUUCGAUACGAGAUCGAAAACGGAUUAUCGAGCAAAAGCGGCAGAAGAAGUCGGGAAGGUUCAACAGAAAGCAAGAUUGCUGGAAGAACGACUGGAAGAAUUCAAGCCUGGAGAUGUUAUGACCGAGGGCGAUGUCUACGAAGAGCUUGCUUCAGCUCUCCAGAGUGCGCAUCCCAAAAUACAAAAGAUGUGUGAAGAGGAAUCGGACGAUCACGAAGCAGUUGCGAAGCUCUUGGAAAUCAAUGAUAGUAUACAUCGUACUGUUGAGCGAUACAAGUUGAUGAAGAAGGGCGAUGUGGAUGCAGCUUUGAGAAUUGUCAAGGGCACCCUUGGUACUAGUACAGGGGUCAGCAAGAAUUCCGAAAAUGAACUCUCGUUGAUCGAUUUUGAUGGCGAGCCCGAAACUAAUGGAAGCUCGUCUACGAAAAAUGCUCCGGCGAGCACGUCUCAACCAGGUGGUUUAGAAGAUGACCUAUUGGGGCUGUCUAUGGGAGAGAUCUCAUAUGGCGAGGGUGGUGGCAUUUCUCUUGGGUUUGGGAACAAUUCCAAUAUUCCCGGCCCAGCGUUGAUGUCUUCAACGACGGAAAAUAGCACCGCCAAAGGACCCACACCAAGCAGAUCUCCGGUACCUUCAAAUGUACCCGUUAAAGCUGAUUAUUCCGCCUUCUCUGCAUUUGGAUCUUCACAGCCGCAAUCGAAACCCGCGACUCCACAACCAUCUCUCUUCCAGCAGCAGCAACAACAACAAACCGCAGCCUCGAGAUCUCCUCCCUCAAAUAUUGAUCCAUUCGCUGCUCUCACAACUCCGUCAAGACAAUCUACACCUCAACAAUCAGGCUCCAUGUUCGAUUUUGCCAAUCCUAAACCCCCGGUUUCACAUGCAGCAAACGCCCCAGCACCUGCAGCAGAUGACGAUGAAUGGGCAUUCUCUUCUGCCCUACCCGAAGGUCUUCCACCUUCCAAUGACUUAACAAUUAGUAAUACCAACCUCAAAAUAUCCUUAAAUGCUAGCCGCGAACCUAGUACACCUGACGUCAUCACUUUAUCCAUUGCAUUUUCAAAUAAUUCAAACGAACCAAUAUCUAAUCUAACAUUUCAAGCCGCAGUCACUAAAGGCUAUACGCUCCAACUCCAACCUCAAAGUGGAAGGAGGCUCAAUCCCCGCCAAAAUCUGGGCAUUACCCAAAAGAUAUACCUACAAGGUGUAGAGCAUGGGAAAGGCGACCAGGUGAAGAUGAGGUGGAAGUGUUCGUACCAGCUUGGUGCCCAAAACUCCAACGAGCAGGGUGAAAUUCCCAAUUUAGGAAUCUCCUGA